AAAAAGAUAAAAGAAAAGGAAAGAAGGGCUUGAACGGCCUGCCAAAUACUUCCCCAAAACGUUCUUCCUCUAGAUUCUAGGGUUUCUCUCUCCUCUCUCCCACACAGGAAGGAGCGGUUCUCUUCUCCUCCCGCUCCUCACACUUUCGAUUCUCUAUGACAUACACAUAUACGCAACUCUAUAUAUGUUUGUAUAACUAUAUAUACAUCAUCUAUAUGCUCUCGCAUCGUCCUUUUCAUCUCUCAUCAAGUGAUCUCCCGCUUCAACAUAGCAAACCCUAACUAAAACCUCCUCCUCUCGCUCAUCCCUGAUUUGUAUAUUUAGAUUUUAUAAGCCAAUGCGGGUAUCAGAUUCGGAUGAGACGCCACCUGCAAAUAAUGAUCGGUCGAGUGAAGUAGAAGAAGCCCAAGAACCGACAUCAUUGUUGACGGCUACGAGCGGAGAUAGUUCCGAUCAUGAUUCCAUUCUUGAUAUUUCCGGCAGAAGCUUGGAUUUUUCAGUUUCUAAUGGCGCGGAGGACUCGAUCGAGGGGUUGUAUGUGUAUAAGAAUGUAUUCAAUUUGCUUCCGCGGUCUUUGGGCAGCGUCGGGGGGUUGAAGACGCUGAAAUUCUUUGCCAAUGAGGUUAAUUUAUUUCCGGCCGAGUUUAGGAACGUGGUUGAGUUGGAAUACUUGCAGGUAAAGAUAUCUUCAAUGGGUUUGACUGGUUUGCCUUUGCACAAGCUGAAAGCUUUGAAGGAGCUUGAGCUUUGUAAGGUGCCUCCUCGCCCAUCGGCUUUUCCAAUACUCAGUGAAAUUGCUGGCCUCAAGUGCUUGACAAAGCUUGCUGUUUGUCACUUCUCUAUCAGAUUCCUUCCUCCUGAAAUUGGCUGCCUUACUAAUUUGGAGUACCUUGAUCUUUCAUUCAAUAAGUUGAGGAGUUUACCAACCGAAAUAACUUAUUUGAGUGCCUUGAUAUCCCUGAAAGUUGCUAAUAACAAAUUGGGGGAACUACCUUCCAGUCUGUCAUCUCUGGAAAGAUUAGAGAACUUGGACCUGUCAAAUAAUAGGUUGAAAUCCUUGGGGUGUCUUGAACUUGGCUUAAUGCAUAAUCUUCAGAAAUUAAACCUUCAGAACAAUAAGCUUCUCAGCUGUUGUCAAAUACCCUCAUGGAUAAGCUGCAAUUUGGAGGGAAAUGGGAAAGACACAUCCAAUGAUGAAUUCAUUAGUUCUUCAGUUGAAAUGGAUGUAUUUGAAGGUGCCUUUCAGGAAAUUGCUGACAGCCCUCGAAAUAGAUCUCAUUCUGCUUCAUCGAGUCAUUUUACUGGAUCUUCAUCAAACAGUAGAUGUUUUGCGUCAAGGAGGCGAGGCAAGGGGUGGAAACGAAGGUUUUAUUUGCAAGAGAGAGCUCGUCAAGAGCGUUUGAACAGCAAUAGGAAGUGGAAAGCUGAAGAUCCUGCUGAGAUAUUGACUCAAAAAACAGAAGAGAAAUGCAAACCAGGAAAACAUCCUUUACUCGCUUCUGAAUCUCCUGCAGAAGGUCCAUCAGGUAUUUUAGGUGAUGACAUUGAUAAUAAAGAUUUAUUUCCUGGAGAAGAUGCUGGAGAAAAUUUGCUUAUUGGUGUUGAGGAUGAUGAAAUCAGUUUGAAAAAGGAGUACGACGUAGAAAAUUGCUCAUGUGUCACACUUGAAUCUGUUGAAGUAUGUAAAGAGGGAAAAAAUGACUGUACAGAGCAUGAUACAUCCCGAAACUCUCGUUCGAAUGCUGCUGAUGUGCAAGAGGAAGGCUCAUCUUUGGAUUUGUCUAACAGUAAUCCAAAGUCAAAAAGGCAUCCUGAUAGGGAUCUUGACAAUCCCAAACCAAGCAAAUCUAGGAGACCAACUGACGAUCACUCUGAUCUGUCUUGUAAAUAUAGUAACACGUCAUUCUGUAGCAUUGAGGACUGUCUCCCAGAUGGCUUUUAUGAUGCAGGACGAGACCGCCCCUUCAUGCCGCUGAAAUUUUAUAUUCAGAAUCUACACAUGGAUUCGCGUGAAGUCAUUCUUGUGGACAGGAAAAGGGAUGAGGAUUUAGAUGCCAUUACAUUAUGUGCUCAAGCAUUAGUAUUUCAUUUUAAGCAGAUUAAUGGUUCCAACAGAGAAAAGGAACAGGUUGUUAUUAAUAAUUUUCAGAUCGCAUCAUUGCUUUCUCUUUUUGUGUCUAAUCACUUUGGAGGGAGUGAUAAAAGUGCAAUAAUUGAGAAGACAAGAAAAGCUGUAUCCGGUUCAAACUACAGGAAGCCUUUUGUCUGUACCUGCCCAACUGGAAACAGUAACAGUAUUCAGAAAUCCUCAAAACAGAGUUCGAACACUGCAGAAGAUAUUCUUUUCCUUGAUCUGUGUGAGAAAUCUCUCAAGUGUGCAAAAACAAGGCGUAAUUCAAUCGUAGUUCCUAUUGGGACUCUGCAGUUUGGUGUCUGUAGACAUAGAGCCUUGCUCUUGAAGUACCUGUGUGACCGGAUGGAGCCUCGGGUACCUUGUGAGCUUGUUAGAGGCUAUUUGGAUUUUUCACCGCAUGCCUGGAAUGUAGUUGUCAUCAAGAAGGGCAAUUCGUGGGUACGCAUGAUAGUUGAUGCGUGUCGUCCCCAUGAUAUAAGAGAGGAGACAGACCCAGAAUAUUUUUGCAGGUACAUUCCUCUCAGCCGGAUUAAUGUUCCUCUUACCACAGAUAGCAAUCCUGGUCCAAGAUGUUUAUUUCCUUCUUUCUCUGCAUGUGAUGAAAUUGGCAAAGCUGCUUCUAGUACUCUUCUCCGGUGCAAUUUUGGGUCAGCUGAGGCUGCAGUGAAGUUGCGUACUUUAGAAGUUUGUGGGACUUCUGUAGAUGAAAUCAGGAAUUUUGAGUACAGUUGUUUAGGGGAAGUAAGAAUUUUAAGUGCUUUGAAGAAGCAUUGUUGUAUUGUUGAAAUUUAUGGUCAUCAGAUAUCUUCCAAGUGGGCCCCGUCAUUAAAUGGGAAGCCAGAGCGUCGUAUAUUACAGUCUGCCAUCUUGAUGGAGUACAUCAAAGGGGGCUCCUUAAAGAAUUAUAUAGAGAAGCUAUCAAGAGCUGGUGAGAAGCAUCUGCCAACCGAGUUGGCAUUGUGUAUUGCUAGAGAUGUCGCAUUUGCUUUGUCUGAGUUGCACUCUAAACACAUCAUUCAUCGAGACAUUAAGAGUGAGAACAUUUUGAUUGAUCUGGAUAGGAAGGUAGCUGAUGGAACACCUGUUGUCAAGCUCUGUGAUUUUGAUAGGGCAGUACCCCUUCAUUCUUUAUUGCAUACAUGUUGUAUUGCUCAUACUGGAAUACAUCCACCUAAUGUUUGCGUUGGAACACCGCGAUGGAUGGCUCCUGAGGUGUUUCAGGCAAUGCAUAAACGCAACAUAUAUGGGCUGGAAGUGGAUAUUUGGUCGUUUGGUUGUCUGCUUCUGGAAUUGUUAACUCUGCAAGUUCCUUAUUCAGGGUUGCCAGAAUCAAACAUUCAUGACCUGCUUCAGACAGGAAAACGGCCACAACUAACAGAUGAGCUAGAAGCAUUGGGUUCACUAGAGGAGCCUGCAAUGGCUCAGUCAGGCACUCAGCUGGAGGGACCAGAGGCUGAAUCAGAUACUUUAAGAUUUCUUGUUGAUUUGUUCCGUCGGUGUACCGAGGGGAAUCCAACUGAUCGUCCAACAGCUGAGAACCUCUACAAUAUGUUACUUGCCCGCACGAGCACUUUCACCAGUUCAAGAAGUUUGGAACAAGAGGAGGUUGUCCUUUAGGUAAUAAUCCAUCCACACACUCAAAUUUUUGUAGCCCUAGAAUGUUUAGAGUUAUAUUAGUCCUUUAUCCCUUUCAGAACCAAAUAUUUGGGUUUUCCCAAGAGUCAGUUGUACCCUUCUCUCCUAGCUUACCAGUUAGUUUAAGAAACCUCACUAAAUUAUUUCUAUUUUCCAGUAUUAUCUUGCCUUUAGUUGUAACCCCAAAACUAUUUAUGUAAUUGAGAAUUGUUGUUAUAUUCAGGUAGGUUACUUGUCCAUCGUCACAUUUGUAUUCAGCUUUACUUCAAACUAAUAUACUUAAAUUAUCAAAGCACCCCGAAUUUUUUAUUUGCA